AUGAUCCUGUCCACCCCGAUAACGGACACAUUCAGCCCGGUCCAGCUCCCCGACACGCUCUUUAACUUCGUCGAUAACUCUCACUUUGACGCCGACUUGUUUUUCAACUUUGACGACGCUUGCAUCGAAGGGCCGGUCCCAAAAGUAGAGGAGCCCUCACCCACAACCUUAACCGCACAUAUCCCAGCGGCCAUCACCGAGCAGACCAUGACAACACAGUUCUCUGACAGCCAGAUCUCGGAUGGCUCGCUUUUCGGAGGUAACGAGAACUUCAACGAUGACGUGUUUGUCAAGCACGAAGAUGAGGAGGAGACCAAGCCCGCGCAGGGCGCGACGAUAAACCCCAACGCCCUCGUCCUCACACUACCCGAAACACCACCUCCGACCACCAUGGACGGCUUCCCUCUUGCGCUACCGAGCAUAGAACCAGCAGGAUUCAAGCUAGAGCAUCAACAAGAUUUCAAGCAAGAGUUCAAAUACGAAGCUACACCCUUCGCCGACGAUCAACACCUCCAGGCCCUGUUCAAAGAACUCGAAGGCCCCAUCGCCGAGGCCCUCCAACUCCCCUCCAUCGGGACCCCGACUCCGGUCCCAAAUGAACCACACUGUGUCCCCACCUCGUGGUCCUUCCCCACGCUGGACGUGCCGUGGCCCUCCUUCGACGAUAUUGGAUCCAGUGGUCCCGCCCAGGGCCACAAUUCUCAUCCGGCGGCGGCGCUGGGUGGGAGUGGUGGCGGUAGUGGUGGCGAUCGUCCCUUUGCUCCUCCUCUUCGAGACAUGUUUGCUCCGCAACGACCGUGCGGUGACCGCCCGUCUUCUGCCGUCGGAGACGCCCGCGAAGUCUUUGAUAGCCUCGACGCCUUUGGCUUUGGCAACUUCAAGAAAGAAACGACCUUUGACGGCCUCGACACCUUUAGCUCUGCCGCCAUCAAACAGGAAACCCCCACCUUUGACGGUCUCGACACUUUCAGCCCUGCCGCCAUCAGACAGGAAAACCCCAGCUCUGACGGCCUGGACGCCUUCGAUUUCAGCAACAUCAAACAGGAACCGACCGACAACCUCUUCAUCGCCCCGCCGCCGCCGCCUCAACCCCAGCAGGUGAUCCCCAAGCCCGAGCUCGACCCCCCCUUCCUCCCCGACUUGGCACACGUUUCGGCCGGUCAAGUCCCUUUGACCUACAAUGAGGACUCGGUAAAUCUCCUUUACUCCCUCCUCAGACUCACUUCUCUGACCGCUCCACAGCUUAUCCCUCGCAGCGUGCCCGCUGUCACUCCCACCGCCGCCGCUACCGCAACGACGAGACUAGCGCACCCCAAGCCCAGGUCGCUCCCUCGCGAUGCCGACUUCAUCCACCACCGUAGCCUGUCGUCCGCGCCGCCAGACAUGACUCCCUACAAAAACCUCAACAGACAGGGCAUCUUUGAAUCCACCAUCCCUGUCCCCUCCUCGUCGUAUAUAACUCCCGCUCAAACUCCCCUCAGAGACCCCACAACGCCGAUCGUGAAUGGAAAGGUCCUCCAGCGCAUCCCCAAGCCGGCCAAGGCCAAGGACAUAGACGUAUCGGACUGGUACGACCCCCAUCCCGAGGCCCCGGCGCCCUGGGGCGGCAUGGACCCUACGAAGCCUAUGUUCCAGUAUAAUAAAGAGGGCGAGCUGCUGCCGACUCUGCGCUUCACCCGGGAGCAGAUCUUGUACUACAUCAGGGAGCGGAAGCAGCGCAACCUUCCCCUCACCCUCUGGAUUCAAAACGUCCCCCACGGCUGCAAGAGGCGAGUCGGAGACGACAGGCUACGCGCGUGCCGCUGGUCAGGCUGCCCAGCCUACAAGGGCACCAUCUUAAAGGGCUUCUGGCGCGUCUGCUUCGACGAGCGGCCCGAUACGUCGGGAAAGCAGCACGAUCCGUACCACAACGCGGGCUACAUGCACCUCUGGUGUCUGGAUCGCUGUUUCGAUCUCUUCGAGAUUGCUGAGGCGUUCGGUCUGAAGCCCGAUACCCGCCACUUUGUAAAGGAGGCACGUAACCCCAUGGCCAUGACCCGUGAUCACGACGAGCUGGUGAUGGAGUUUGAAGAGUGGCGCACGUCCCAGGAGACCGCCUACAUGGAAUGGCAACAGGCGUCAGAGGCCAACAGGAGGAGGGGUGCCCCCGUCCAGAACCGCCAGGUCAGCAAAGAAGCCAAGCUGUGGUACGUGCUGACGACCAAGCACCUGGCGUUGGAGACUCCGGUACGGAACAACAUGCGAAUGAAGAGAAACGGCAUUUCCAUUGACAAGCACAAGGGGGACCUCGACUGGUACGUUGCGAAAGUGAGCGAAAAAAAGUUGAACAGAAGGGGGCAAUAUGUCGUCGACAGCGACGAUGAAGACGCCAACGAAACCCAGGCGAGCAUGGCCCGUCCGGGUAUCGAUAAGAGAAAGCGCGAAGAUUACGAGGAUGACGAAGAUGACAGUAUCUCCCAAGCCCAGAGAGCCACUGGGAACAAACGUUUCAAAGACUCGUUUUAUUCGUCUGUUGAGAGACGUUGA